AUGGCGACCACCAUCAUAAAGUUCCGCCCCACACCUUUUUUUCAACGCUCAGCAGCAGCAAGCACUUCUUGGAAUUCUCCGGUUGAAUGCCUGAGGACUUUUGCCACGAUCCCGGCAACCGUCAGCAACAAUUGGCUCUCGGGAACCCCGAGUCACGCAACAGAGCCAGCACAGCACUCUGAUCAAGAGCAAAUCGUUCGCAGACAAAACACCACCCCCACCAACCCAUCAGCCAUGGACGUAAUCCCAGAAAAGCCCAAACCGCUCGUCGCAGAUAACCCAUCUCUCAUCCCGCUCCUCGCCUCAGCCCUCCUCAUCCUCCUCCCCGCCGCCUUCUUCCUGCUCCGCCAACAUCUGCAGAGUCGCAGCGCCGUCGCGGGCCAGCAGGCCGCCGCCGCCGCCUCCCCCGCGCUGCCGCCGGCCGACGAGAUCGUCAGCCUGCGCAUCUACCCGAUCAAGUCGUGCCGCGGGAUCGAGGUGCGUUCGGCGCGGCUGCUGCGCACGGGGCUCGACCUCGACCGCAACUGGAUGUUCGUCUCGCUGCCCAAGCGCGACUUCGUCACCAUCCGCACCAACCCGCGGCUCACGCUCAUCACCACCGCCGUCGACUGGGCCGCCGACACGCUCACCAUCGCCAUCAAGGAUGGAAACGAAAACGACGAGAACCACAAAAUCGUCAUCCCCGCCCACCCCUCCCCCGCCUGGUUCGCCGCCAACGGCUGCACCCUCCACGCCGGGAACGUCAUCUGGUCGCAAGAGACGGACGGGUGGGAGUACCCGGCGGCGCUGACGGCGCCGUUCGCGCGCUUUCUGAGCGGCAGUGACGCCAACGACGUCCGCCUCGUGUACAAGGGCCCCACGCCGCGGGUGCUGCGCGGCAGCGGCGCGCCCCACGUGCUGGGCCGCACGCAGGCGACAAAGUUCGCCGACAUGAUGCCCGUGCAGGUGGGGUCGCUGGCGAGCGUGGCGGAGCUGAAUGCGCGGCUGCGCGGGGCGGGCGAGGAAGUCGAGAUUGACAUCGAGCGGUUUCGGCCGAAUGUCGUGGUGAGGGGGCAUGUGCCGUGGGAUGAGGAUGGGUGGAAGACGCUGAGGCUUGGGGGAGGGGAAGGAGGAGUGGGGGGAAAGGGUAAGGGGUUGGUGUUGGAUGUCGUUUGUCGGUGUUUGAGGUGCCAGGUCCCGAAUGUGGAUCCCGAGACGGCGGAGAAGCAUCCGAGGCAGCCGUGGAACGAGUUGAUGAAGUAUAGGAGGAUCGAUGAGGGCUUGAAGUUCAAGCCGAGCUUUGGGAUGCUGUGCGCGCCGAGAGACGAGGGGCUGGUCGAGGUGGGCAUGAGGUUCGAGGUUACGGAGACGACGAAUAAUCACUAUUUUGUCAGUCCGAUGAAGUAG